AUGGCCAACCAAGAACCGGAGGCAAGUAUUGUCAAUCCGUCAAAAGAGGUGGAAGAAUUGGAUGUUAAUCCUAUGAAAGAAGAGAUGCAUAAGUUAAAACAACAAAUGGUUGAAAUGUACCAGGCCUGGGCAAAGGGGCAUCCACCAUCGGUUUAUCCCGCGAACCCUGCUUAUAUCCCACCAUUGGCCCAGCCUCAGGAGCCUCCCACUGUGAACUCGUCUCCAGCUUUUCCCCUCUACCGGCAAUGUUACCGCACCACUUCCCAUACUUCCCAAGCUCCACCACCCAAACAAGUCCCAUACCCUCCUCCCCCAGUCACUCUUGUCUUUGUGGCACCUCCAUCUGUCGCAUUACAACGAUCUUCCAGUGAGCCUCUGUUCCAGACUCACGAAAACCACUAUUAUCCCCCAGAACCUACCUUCAAAGCGCCAGAACCAUGUUCUUACACUCCUCAUUUUGAUCUCUCGGCAGAAACUGAGAAGCCACCUAAGAAUCCCGAGCAGCAGGAGAUGAUUAGGAAAGUGAAAAGCUUGGAACAAUCUUUCAGGAAUAUGCAGGGGCUAGGUGGUCAAGUUCAAACCCUAGAGGCGCCCAAUAUCAACCAGAAUCUGUUGUCGGCCCAUCAUGAGACCAAUAUGAUUGAGAUAGUGCAUAAAGGAGGAGAGCUUAAGAAGCCCUCGCAGACUGUAAUGAUGAUCCGGUCCAGUGAAGUCAGGCCGAGUGAAAAGUCAACAAGUGGAAAGUCGUUGAUCAAGUUGAAAGGGAUAGACAGUAAACCAGUUGUGGUAAUUGAUAAGGAGUCCUCAAACGGGGUUGCAGUGAAACAGGAAAAGGCAAAAGUGGUGGUACCUGGGGUAGCAAACAAGCCUGUUAUAGUUGUGGAAGGUGCUUGCACAGAUCCGGUCAUUAUCAAACCAGUAACUCAAAUACCAAUAGUCAACAGCAAGGCCGUCCCUUGGAAUUAUGGCCGAAUGACAGUGACUUACAAAGGGAAAGAGGUCAAAGAAGAAGUCUACGAGACCCAUGGAUUGACUCGCUUGGGGAGAUGCUUUGCCCCCGAGGAGUUACGAAAAGCCAAAACCGCUAAAGAUAACCCAGUGUUAGUGAAGAAAGUUGUGACUGAAGAGGAAGCAGAAAAAUUCUUGAGGAAGAUGAAAGUGCAGGACUAUUCUAUUGUAGAGCAGUUGAGGAAGACCCCUGCUCAGAUCUCAUUGCUCUCAUUGUUAAUCCAUUCGGACGAGCACCACCAGACGUUGAUGAAAAUUUUGAACGAGGCCCAUGUACCUGACAAGAUCUCUGUUAACCAUUUGGAAAAGAUAGCAAACAAGAUUUUUGAGGUAAACAGAGUCACUUUUUCUGAUGAUGAAUUGCCCAUGGAGGGUACGCAGCAUAACAGAGCCCUUUAUCUUACGGUGAAGUGCGAGGAUUCCAUGGUUACCCGGGUGCUGGAUGUGGCGGUUUCUUACAAUCUUUUGCUAGGCCGACCCUGGAUUCAUGCCGCCAAGGCAGUGCCGUCUACCCUUUACCAGAUGGUCAAAUUUGAAUGGGACAGACAGGAAAUUGUGGUGCACGGAGAGGAUAGUUUGUGUGCCCAGAAUGAUGCCAUUAUACCUUUCAUCGAAGUUGAAGACGACAAGGGGCCGUAG